AUGGUCCAGCUACAAGAAGUGGUCGCCGAUCUGGCAGCCACCAAGGCGGCAAGUUCCGGGACAAGUUCGGGAGGCGCUCCUGAAGUGGUGAGACCCGGAAUUCAUGAGCUCCUGAAACUUCCCCCGCCUACAUUGGAAGGAGCGUUGGGCUUCGCUGAUUGGGUGCAUGGAGUCAAACCAGCGAUGUCAGAUCUCUCUGACUCGUCUGGAGAGUGUUGGGAGAUCUUGCUCACGGAGGCAAGAGACUGGUACCACAACCAGUAUCUCAAGGCGACUCCCUUGUCCCGCGUGAGGCUCAAGUACCCGACGUCCUCAACGGAAAGACAACCCAAAUGGGGACGAGUGCGACAUAGGAUGGAGCACCUGAUCAUCCAGUGUUGUCCGGAGUCUGUUCGGUCUGAGCUUUCGGCAGGUCGAACCACCGGGGUGUUGAGCAUUCUGUGCAAGCUCCACUCAGUGUACAAGCCAGGAGGAGUGGCGGAACGAGCCGAAGCGCUCAGGCAAGUUCAGCAGCCUCGGGCGGCUGACUCGCCCAUAGAUGCAGUGCUCCGUCUUCGGACUUGGAAAAGGUGGCUCACAAGGCUAACCGACCUCGGUGGCGCCCAGCCAGAUGCAGCCCUCAGUUUGCAGGCCUUGGAGGUUAUUGCAGGCAACGUGCUCAAGUCUUUGCCAAACCUAGCGUUCCGCGUGAACUUGGUGAGAGCUUCCCUCAACGUGGACACCCAGCCAGAUCACACCAAAGUCACCGAGUACUUUGAGCACUUGUUGGCAGAGUUGGAAGGAGUUUCCCGUGUGUCGGAGGCUACGACCACUGCAAGCCCCAGCCCUGCCACGAAGUCAGAGGCUACAAAGGUGCGUCAGGUUGCCCACUCGUCUGCACAGGACUCUUCGACUACGCCGUCGGCCGGUAGGGAAGGAAAGGGGAGCAAAGCUACGACACAGGCUGCGGGAGGGGACUCUCCUAAGAAGCUGUGCAAGUGGUUUCAUGAAGGGAAGGGUUGCCGUCGUGGACGAGAAUGCAAGUUUCUCCAUGACUGGGCUCAGAUCCCUAAGGGUGAUCGGGCAGAUCGAUGCAUAGCGUGCGGCGGUCAAGGCCACAGGAAAGAUGCAUGCCCAAACGCGCCGGGCCAAGCCAAGCGAGACGACGGUACCAGCGGCAACAAACCCAGCCGAGGAGACCCUAGCCCUAAGAGUAAGGCCGAUCCAGGUCUGCGAAAGGUGUUGAGUGAUGCUGCAGGAGUGCUCCGAGAAGCACUGGCCACAGGUUCAGCCUCGCCAUCAGCGUCUCAAGCUCCAGGUGCCACAGGUGUGACAGGAACAGAUUCGCAAGCCGAGGCCCAAGGCGAAGGUGCAAGCACAGGUCCAGUGAUGGCGACGGCGGCGAAGAUCCAGGCCCAGCUUGAAGACCUGGAAGCACGAGUUCUAGAUGGCCGCCCACGCGUGCGGGCAGUGAAGAGCUUAGGCGAUGAGGAUGAGGAAGAAGCCACGGCGCUUCUGGACUCAGGCGCCACGCACGCCGUGUUGGAUUCAAAACUGACGGCGACUGAACGCCUGGUGCCGUGCACCGUGUCCCUGGCUGGGGACCAGCGUCAGGUCUGGCAGCAGACCCCCGGUGGGUCAUUGGUUGCUAUGAUGCUCGUAAAGGAGCUGGAAGCCGCGAAGCUUGGUGAGUUAGAAGGGCGACUUCAGCGUGUCCAAGCCCAGCUGAAGGUUUCAGAAGGUCUGAAGUUUGAUGAUGCCCUGGAUGAGUUUGUCGGCACAGGAAGCUAUGAUGCCGCGGUUGCCUUUGCACAGGUGUUGCCUUUCAUGAAACAGGUGCCACUGAAGGUGAUCAACGGCCUUGCAACUUCCCUUGAGGGUGUGAACGGGUGGGAGGUAUUGAAAGGGUUGCCCCUCAACCGCCGCACCAGAAAGAGGUUGUAUCAGUCAAGGUGUUGGCUCAUCAACCAGGCUCCCGGACCAGUUGACCCUUUGUUGCGUCAGAUGUGUGAGCAGCGUGGUGUGGAGUUGGUCAAUGUAGCAGAGUUCAAGGCCAGCAGUUCUGAACCCUCUGUGUGGAGGGCCCUGUCAUGGGCAUGCUACUCAGGGCGUGUGUCAGCCAUCGUGGCUGAAGCUCCCAUGAGAACCUGGAAUGACAUCCAGGUGUCCACUGGGGAAUCUGUGAAGUUGCGCAGCGCAGGGUUUCCCUGGGGUUGCCCAACCAACACUAGGUCCAUGCAGGAUGGGGUUAAUGCCGAUACCCUCUCAGGAUUGCAACCCUUUUGGUUAUGGACGCUAGCUUCAAUAGCUAAGGGCGAAGGGAUUCCAAUGUGCCAGACGCAAUCAGUAGCUUCGCAGGACCCUACCCAUCCCUGGGUGUCGUUGGUUGUUGGCCCAUUUGCAAAGUGGAGUAACAGCAGCUGUCUUCAGGUGCCAUGCCGAGCAGAGGGUCAGCCCCAACACAGGUCAAUAGUUGCGUGCACGAAUUUGGGUUUCUCGCAACAGGUCCAGGAGGCUACCGCUCAGAGUGCGCCGCUUCAAUGGACUGACUUUAUGAGAGCACGCACGUUGGCUUUGUUUGGUGAAGGUUGCUCUGGGCGCUUUGGGGUUUCUCCGCAGGAGCCGCAUGUCGAUGCAGUUGCAGUUGAAGAUUCAGCCCCGUCCCCACAACGAGAUGGGAGCCCGCCAACGGUUCCAGAAGAAGGUCAAGCUCCCUCAGGGGACUUGGAAUCGCAACCUAACCCUUCGUUUCGGGGUCAGCCCUUGAGUGACAAGGAAAGGGAUCGCUGGCGCAGGCACAUAGAGGCGCACCAUUUGCCAUUUCGCAAGGACUGUCUGCAGUGCAUUAUGAGUGGAGCGCUGGGUUUGCAGCAUCGCCGCAUCAAAUGUCCCAACAUGUAUGCCCUCAGCUACGAUCUCACAGGGCCCUUUCAAGAAAAAGGGGUCGACGAAAAUGGAGGGUGCUACAAGUAUGCUCUGGUUGCAGGUCUUAGGGUUCCAGAUAUAGCCCUUCCACAGCCGUCCUCUAGAGAGAAGACCAAGCCGAAGGGAGGUGAUGCAGAUGUUGGUAGUGACAAAGGCCAGCCUCAGGUUGCUCAGCCUCCGCCGUUGGAUGAUCUUGACCGGGAGCAUAUCGACUGGUCCGGUGCAGAAGAUGCACCCUCUCGCGAGGAGGAGGCGCCAUUGUUCUCAGCCAAGGUUAAAGCAGCGGAGGGUUUGGACGGUGACGGCGAGGAGCAGCCAGAGAUCAAUCCACCUGAGGACCCUUCCGGGAGGUCAGGAGAUGAUGAAGACCCAUGGAGGGACAAGCAUGGUGUAGCUUCUAUGUCAGAUGCAGAGUUUGACGAACUUGUUUCCCAGUCUGCCUUCACAGGUGCCAACAAGGUCUUGAGGUUUGUGGUUCCCAUCAAAGGCCGUCAUGGGAGCUACAUCCUAGCAGGGCUUCAAGAAAUCGUCACCGAGUGUCACCGUGCAGGCUACCCCGUGAAGGUGGUCCAUACAGACCGUGCCAAAGAGCUGAUGUCAAAGGCAAUCAUGGAUUGGUUGCAGUCCCAGCUGAUACAGCUACACUUGGCAUCGUCAGGUAUGGGAGUGGAAAGGUGGCCAUCAGCCAUGGAGUUUGCUUGUGCUGAGCAUCGCCAUCGGAUGCUAUGCAAGGAAGGCAGUGUCCCAAGGUUUGGCCAAAAGGUGGUGUUCAAGAGCAAGCACCCGACGGGCAAAAGCAAAAGACCUUUCAUUAGGUGGGAGCAUGGCGUGUACCUACAUCCUACAACGAGGACAGAGGGAGGCCAUUUGCUGUUGCGUGCCGCUUCAAAUGCUUUCCUGGUUGCCAAGAACAUACGGACCACCGAGGAGCUGUUUGAUCCAGAAGCUGCAUUUGGCACUGAUGCGUUAGAGGCAGAGGUUGAGGACCACAAGCCCAGUGAGGAAGUUCCAAAGGCACCAGAGAGGAGGGUAACGGGUAAAAGGUACCUCAAUCACUACCUCCGUGCCAACAACCACAACUCCCAUCCGGGAGAAUGGACAGCGAUCCUUGUGAUGGUGGCUGAUCAGAUAGAGACUUUGGGUGGCUUCCAAUGCGGGAAAGACGGUCAGGAAGUUAUGGGGCAUUCGGUGUCAGUGGGCCAGGAUGUUGUGAGCUUCAAUCCGAAGUGUCGUCACUCCCUGGGUAUGAAUGUGAGGUUUGCAAGGAUGUCAGCCCAGGAAUGGGAGGAGUUGUGCCAAUUGGAUGAAGAGCAGUUUGAGGAGAGAUUCGCCAGGUGGCAGCGGGUCCUUGGGGGGACAGAUGAAGACCCAGAUUUGAAUCCCUUCUCUGCUCGGAUUCCACAAGGUUUGUUGGUAGCAACCAUCUUUGAGCAACGGGACUGGGAAAGGGACCCGAUCUUAGCUGUGCGCCGUGAUGAUGGAACGACUAUCACCCUUGCGAGAGUGUACCAGUUCUCAGACGACAGCUAUGUAGAUGACUCCCCGUUUCCAGAUCGCAUGUUGAUGUAUUCAAUCCACGACUACACCAGGGAUGUGUUUGAGAUGGUUAUCCUUCGGGUUGAGAUGAUAGAGGUCCCACCUGAUCCACCAGACCAGCCUCAAUUAGCAAUUCCUGGCCCUCCACCGCCCGAGAUCCGUGCUGUUCGAGCGUCACAAGCCGUUGAGCCACCUCAAGAAAGCUGCCAGCUUCCCAUUCCUUUGCCCAAUCCUACACACCUCAAGCAUGCAGUGUCCGAACUCAGGAGGAGUGCAAAGGAGGCAGAGGAGGUGAGUGUCAACAAGGCAGAGGCGGCUACUACGAAGGGGCUUGAGGAUGUGUUGGGAGCUUUGGUUGAACCUCUGAGCGUGACCCACACGGCAUCUCAGGAGGAGGUGCGUUCGAAUCUUGACAAAUGGAAGGAGUCAAUCAAGAAGGAGCUCUCUUCGUUGCUAGGUCCAGGUGUGUUGGUGAGCCACAAGGGCCAAGAUGCCAAGGAUCGACUGAACGAUCCUUCGACAACAGUCAUCUCCUUGAAGGGCGUCUUCACUGCUAAGCCCCCUUCAUCCCCAGAGGAGGGGUUGUUCCGCAGGAAAUGCAGGCUUGUGGGCUGUGGAAACCAGGCUACCCAUGUAGAUGCAGAUUCCCUUUAUGCAGCUGGUGCCCCGGCCGAGGUGGUUAGGACAGUGCUGACUCAGGGAUGCCGGCAUCAAUGGUCGGCCUUUACCACCGACAUCAAGUCGGCUUUCACUCAGACGCCGAUUCCGCCACAUGCCGCUCGGCGGUAUUUGCUCCGGCCACCACGUUGGAUGGUGGAACUUGGGCUUGCAGAGCCCGGCGAGUACUACUCGUUGGGAAAGGUCUUGUACGGCUUCAAGGAAGCACCUGCCUGGUGGAGUGAGCACAGGGAUGCGAAGCUUCUGACGGCAGAGUUUUUGGGAUGCCAUUUGGAACAAGGGCAGUCCGACCCUUCUGUCUGGCGUAUCAUGCGCGGCCAGCAGUUAUCUGGCUACCUUGUCACCUACGUUGACGACUUCCUGAUCGUGAGUGACAGAGCAACUGCUGUGGGGUUACACCAAUGGCUGCUUGAGGGGGCAGGGUGGCAGACAGAUGGCCUGAGUGAGGCCAAACCUGGGUCGCCCAUAAGGUUCCUAGGAAUGCAGCUAAGUGGGUUCGAAGAUGGGCAUUUUAGUCUGGACCAAGAGGCCUACGUCGAUGAGCUUAUCAGGUCCUACAACUUGCCCGAGACCGCAAGGUCCAAGGUCGUUUGCCCCAAGGAGUUGCUUUUCAACGAGGACAAAGCAGACGAUGCGGAUCCCGACGAGAAGGUCGUCAGAGCGGCACAGAAGAUUGCCGGGGAGUGUUUGUGGCUCUCGCAGCGCACGAGACCAGACAUUGCCUACACGACAAGCGUCCUGUGCGCGAAGGUUUCAAAGGACCCACACGGGGCGCUAGCCGUAGGCCAUAGGCUUCUGUCGUACCUGGCCCAAACGAAGGGCUACAAGCUGCAUCUGACGCCUGAUCCAGAAGCUCCGCCAGUGCGUGUCUUCACAGACGCUUCGUUCUCCCCACAGGGAGAGCACUCCUACGGAGGGCACAUCGUAGAGGUCUACGGCGUGCCGGUGCUUUGGAGAGCAUCAAAGCAGGCGUUAAUCGCCUUGAGCUCAGCGGAAGCUGAACUCAUUCAGGCCGUAGAGGGGGCAACGUAUGCCGAGGCUUUGAUGGCAAUGCUGAGUGACCUCCGCAUCCCGUGUUCCGGUGCUGAGCUCAACCUGGACAACACUGCUUCCAUCUCCUUCAUCGAAGGAUCUGGGAACCAGAGGACCAGGCACUUGAAGGUUCGAGGGCAUAAGAUCAGGCAGUUGUUAGCCUUUGGUUGGACCGUUAAGCACUGCCGGGGUGAGAUCCAGCGGGCUGAUUUACUCACGAAGCCGCUGCCCUCACAGCGGGUGAGGUUCCUGUGCGGACUACUGCGACUAGUUCCCGAUGAGCCUCACCGGGAGGAUGCAGCAGCUGAACUGCCGGCGGUGAGACAAGUCACUGCCCAGACAUCUCCAUGCCUGGCUGGCCUACUGUUGUUUCUCCAAACCUGCGGGUGUCUUGGAGGUUCUGAGGAGGAGGAAGGAUCGGGUGUUUCCAUAGAGUGGCCCUGGGAGUUGGCAUUGGUCACACUCAUGAUCGUGCUGUCUACCCUGUUUGUGUGGGAAGCCACCGGGGCUCCAUGCAGGAGGCGAGCUCCUCCAGAGGUGGCACAUGUUCGCGCAGUGAAUGGGGACCCACGCAGCAGGCGUUCUAAAAAGCUACAGGAUCAAGUGAAGGCUGCCAUUGACAGUGUUGUCAACAGUCCAACGGAGGACGACGAGCCUCCUCGUGCCCGGGGAAGGAACAAGUGUCCAGUCGGAUCAUCUGGGAGCACCAGCCCAGGUGUGAGCAGCCAAGGCCCCACCGUUGUCUACGGUGGAAUCAACAUGCACAUGCACGGUGGUUCUCAUGAUGAACCCGCGCCUGCCGGCUUCCCUGCCUUCCAAGCUCCGCUGACCUAUCCAGGGUUGAGGAUUGUCUUUGGUGGCAUGCGGAACGACGAGGAAGUGAACCCGCUUUGCGCAGUGACAUCGGCGAGCAACCGUGUCUUUGGGGUCGUCACGCAGAUGGAGGCGCUUUCAAGAGAAGCUUCUGAAGACCAAGGCCUUGAUUCUCCUGGUUUCUUGGUCAAAGGCUGGAUCCUGGAGCUGGCAGAAGGUAGGGAUGGCACCCUCCGCUGGGCAGACUUCAUCCCUUCCUGCAAGAAUUGCAAGGAAAGGCUCCGUCCCAUUCUGAUACACGGCGAAGUAGCAACAUGCCCGGAGUGCAAUGGCAGGAAGGGCGCAGGCCGCUGCAUGAGAUUCAGCUGCCCUGACGACUCUGAGACUCCAUUUUGUGACGCGGGCUGUGCAACGUCUGACGGGCAAGCAUAUUGCGGGAGUCACCCCUACUUUGGAGGUUAUGAUUUUGACCCUGACGAUCCUGACACUGAUGAGCGAUGCUGCAAACCGGGUGGCGUGCCACUAUUUCAGGUAGCCGUUGCGGCACACCGACGCUUCGAAGUCCACCUUGCGGUUCUAUGCCCUGCAAGCCUGAACCUCUAUGCUGGAGUGUUUCUUACCUCGUACGGUCCGGAUGAUGAUUCUGAUGAUGAUGACUGUGACGUGACAUCGUUCCGAAUUACUUGUCACACAGGAGAAAGGUCGGUGAUAUCUUGCGAGGAGAUUUCGGGAGAGCUGGGCCGCGUGACGGGAGCAACCAUGCUCGGGGCAGACAUGCCAGACCCCAUCGGGUUUGGUCAAUCAAGGCUUAUGCUUGUGUACCAGAGGGGUAGCCCUUUUCUCCUUCGCAAUACAAAAUCAUAUGCAUGUGAGUGGGCUGGCCGAGCUGAAAUCGCCUGCCCUGACGAGUACGACAAAAUCAGAUUCCCAGACCAAAUCGUCCAUUUGGGAUCGUCUUCCAGCUGGGCCAAAUUGUCACUCCAUACUUUGUGGGUCAUGGAUUUCCCUGCAGGGGCAGAGCACAUAGUUGUGGAAGAGCUUGCCAGACAGGUGGCAUGGCGCAAGGUGCUAGAUCUUGAGGACUUGGUGGCGGAGAAUCCCUGCUUGCUCGCGAACGGUCCCCGGGAUGGACAACUGAUGAUCUUCAUCGCAAACAAGGGUUUGGCAGUAAAGCCUUGGCUGCUGGUGGAGCUCGGUGGAGAGCCCAAGGGCACGUCAGUGCAAACAACCCGCCUGACGUCAACAGUUCACAUUCCCACAAAUGUCAAGCGGUCAUCAAACAUUCUCCCCUAUAGCAUACGACUUUGUGGGAAGCACAGCGGCUACGUCUUUUGCACUGAUCUGGGACGUGUGUACCACCUGCGAGACGAGUCUAUCAUCUUGGCGGAGCAUGUCUGGGUGUCCCCGGUGCAUGACCCUGACGCGAUGCAGCGUAUUGCCACUUUCAACUUCACGAACCCCGGCAACUCAGCCCAUGGAGUUCCGGUUGCAGGCAACCAGCGCUUUUGCUUGCUGGGGCUGCUGAUGCGCUUCGAAUACUUUCGAAAGCUGUUCGAAGCGUGGUCAGAAGGGGCAUCUGCAAAGGUUGACAUGCUGGAUACCGACGUGGCCACCUUCGACCACUUCAUGCAGUAUGCACAGUGUGGCAGGAUUCAAGAUGACCUCGAUCUUGCAAUGUUGACCUGCUUGCUGCGCUUCGCAAACAAGUAUUUGCUGCCAGACUUGGCUGCACGUUGCUUGUCUCCAAUUCUCUGCAUUCUCGAAGAUGUGUACGACAUGAAGACGCAGAGUAGCACCACGGUAGCGGAACUCCUUCUUCUUGCCGAUGAAGCCGCUGUAGCAUGUCCAACCCUCAAGGCCAAGGUGAUGCAUUCCAUUCUCUCCUUCCGGGGUGACCUGUUGACGGACGCCUCCUUCUUGGCUACGGUCGCAUCGAGAAGUUCGGCCAUGCUCGCUCAGUUGUUGGCUCCCGUGGCUCCAAACCAUGCGUUGUCCCCACCGGAGAAGCGUAGAAGAAAGGCAGAGAAGGUGCAACGCGAUCUGUCUGCUCUUCUCCCCACUUGCCCCAGCUGGGGCGCUGCGUCUCUGACAGCUGAGGGCUUGGCCAGCAGUUGA